AUGGCAAAUAUCCCCCUCCUACUCUCCAUUUGUCUUCUGGGAGCUUGUCUUGGUGCCGAAAGAACAGUUUUCAUCGAGAACAAAGAGGCAAGCUCGGUUUUGCUCAGGCAAAAGCGAGCCAAUUCAAACAGACUGGAAGAGGUUAUUCCUGGGAACCUUGAGAGAGAAUGCAUAGAAGAAAAGUGCAGCUUCGAAGAAGCCCGAGAAGUGUUUGAAAACACAGAAAAAACAAUGGAAUUUUGGAAAACAUACAUUGAUGGAGAUCAGUGCGACCCCAAUCCAUGCAAAAAUGGAGCUGUUUGUAAGGACGCAGUAGGUUCCUAUGUGUGCUGGUGCCCAGCUGGGUACGAAGGCAGAAACUGUGAGAUUGACUUCACUUGUGCUAUUAAAAAUGGAGGCUGCAAGCACUUUUGCAGGCAUGACCCGCCGCAUAAAGUUGUGUGUACCUGCGCUGCUGGCUAUAGACUUCAUGAGGAUGGAAAGUCCUGCGAACCUACAGUGCCAUAUCCCUGUGGGAGAAUCACAGCUCCUGAAGUAAAGAGCAAGCUAACCCGAGCCAUAAACACCUUUGAGCACUGGAACAUCACCACCGAAAACGAUGCUCAGGACGAGGCACUCGACGACCUCAUAGAAACCAGCACUGCUGCCUCCACGAAGAUCACACCAAUAAUUAAGACGGGCACACGAGUUGUUGGUGGGUCAGACAGCAUGAAAGGCGAGGUGCCUUGGCAGGUCCAUCUGGUGAACAGCCAUGAUGUGGGCUUCUGUGGCGCGUCCAUCAUCAACGAGAAAUGGAUAGUGACAGCAGCGCACUGCCUGCAGCCAGGUGACAACGUCACUGCUGUGGCAGGUGAAUACAACACCAACGAGAAAGACAACACGGAGCAGCGGCGUAAAGUGGUGAAAGUCCUUCCCCACCCCACGUACAACGCCACGAUCAACAAGCACCACAAUGACAUCGCCCUCCUGGAGCUGGACCAGCCACUCAGCUUCAACAGCUAUGUCACCCCCAUCUGCAUUGGCAGCCGGGAGUUCACCAACGCCCUGCUGAAGCAUGGGACGGGGACGGUGAGCGGCUGGGGCAGCACACACUUCCGCGGCCAGACCGCCACUCGGCCUGCCACUGUUCUCCAGAUCCUCAGGGUUCCCUUUGUCGACCGGCCGACCUGCCUCAAGAGCACCUCCACCACCAUCCUGCAGAACAUGUUCUGCGCCGGCUUCUCGGCUGGCGGCAGUGACACCUGUGGUGGGGACAGUGGAGGGCCCUACACCACUGAAAUUGAAGGCACCUGGUUUCUCACAGGGAUCACCAGCUGGGGUGAGGAAUGUGCCAAGCCAGGUAAAUAUGGCAUCUACACCAAGGUGUCCAAGUACCUCAAGUGGAUCAAGGAAACCACGAGGCUUACCUAG